GAAGAACUCCCCGGUUUCCGCCUACGUCACGCAGACGAAGAAGAAAGUGAGGCUGCCAGGAGGAAGCAUGGUACUGAGGGAAGUCCCCGCCGAGCACGUGGCUCGCCCCCUGGGCAGGAACGAGGUGAUCGGCCUGCUGUUCCGCCUCACCAUCUUCGGCGCCGUCACCUACUUCACCAUCAAGUGGAUGGUGGACGCCAUCGACCCCACCAGGAAGCAGAAGCUGGAGGCCCAGAAACAGGCGGAGAAGCUGAUGCGUCAGAUCGGGGUGAAGAACGUGAAGCUGUCGGAGUACGAGAUGAGCAUCGCCGCUCACCUGGUGGACCCGCUCAGCAUGCAGAUCACCUGGAGAGACAUCGCCGGGUUGGACGAGGUCAUCACGGAGCUCAAGGAGACCGUCAUCCUGCCGGUCCAGAAGAGACACCUGUUCCAGGGAUCCAGACUGCUGCAGCCCCCCAAAGGCGUGCUGCUCUACGGCCCCCCUGGAUGUGGGAAAACGCUGAUCGCCAAGGCGACGGCGAAGGAGGCGGGGUUCCGCUUCAUCAACCUGCAGCCCAGCACGUUGACGGACAAGUGGUACGGAGAGUCCCAGAAGCUGGCGGCCGCCGUCUUCUCCCUGGCCGUCAAGCUGCAGCCGUCCAUCAUCUUCAUCGACGAGAUCGACUCGUUCCUGCGGAGCCGCUCCAGCUCCGACCACGAGGCCACCGCCAUGAUGAAGGCUCAGUUCAUGAGUCUGUGGGACGGCCUGGACACGGACCACCACUGCCAGGUCAUCAUCAUGGGCGCCACCAACCGGCCCCAGGACCUGGACUCGGCCAUCCUGCGGCGGAUGCCCACGCGCUUCCACAUCAACCAGCCCAGCGCCCGGCAGCGUGAGCAGAUCCUGGGGCUGAUCCUGGACAACGAGAGGGUGCACUCGUCCGUCGACCUCUGCGACGUUUCCAAGGAGACGGAUGGUUUCUCAGGAAGUGACCUCAGAGAGAUGUGUCGCGACGCUGCGCUGCUGUGUGUGCGGGACUUCGUCCACAGUCAGAGUGACAGCUCCUCGGAGGACAUCAUCCGUCCCAUCCAGCAGUCCGACCUGAUGAACGCCGUUGGUAAGAUGAAGAAGUCCAAGCUGGCGGGGGGGCACGGCGCGCUGCUGCACGCCGCCCUGGACUGAUCACAUGACCCCCUCCCCUUCCCCCCGAGCAUGUGCCACUACUUCCUGUUUCUUGUUUUUAAUAAAAAAAAAAAAAACGUGACGGUGACGAUUCUACUUCCUGUUUCCACGGGUGGUGACGGGGUUCUCUGUACCCGCCCCUUCAUGGGCUCCUCCCCUUGAACUGUUGCUAUGGUGACCCCCCCCCCCCCCCCCCAUCCAGGAAGUAGGUUUCUGAGACACUUUUGUCUUCACUGGGGCUUUUAUUGUGAAAAUCUCGUGAGUUAAUAGUGAUGAUCAUGAGGAACGAAUGAAGACACAUAUCUACCAGCAGCAGUUGAAACGUCUCCGCGGCGCCUAAAGGUUCGAUCUCACUAAAUCACCAGGGGGUCUGGGCAGAACUGGCCCCGCCCCCUGUGACAUCAUCAGCAGGGUUCACUGGAUGAAAGUUCAUGGAAACCAGCGGUUAUUUAAAAAAAAAAAAAAAAAGUUUUUACGUUUGUGACUAACUUUUGGCCACGCCCACAAGUUUAAUUACCGUGGAAUCAAGUCUCGUCCACAUGGCUCUCCAGAUAUGGACCAGAACACAGGCGUUGCCGUGGCAACUGGAGGCCCGCCGGACAUGAUUGACAGCUGACCAGUGACUUUAUCAUGCCCCUGAAACUUCUCGACUUUGCCAUUUUCAUCUGUUUGGGUUCGUUGUGGCUGUUUUUUUUCUUGUGUGCAGAAUCUGGAAAAUCUGUAAAUCUCAAAUGUUUGUUCUUCCUGAAAAUAAAAAAAAUCUAAGUCA